AUGGUCUCCAGUCAAUUGACGCAACCGCUGGACGGUGGUUGGGGAUGGUGUGUUGUAUUUGGAACCUUUCUCUGUUUGACAGUCACUAUGGGAGUCACGUUCUCGUACGGCGUUCUCUUCGUUGCAUUUGUCAAUGCAUUUGGGCAAUCUAAAUCGGAUACUGCAUGGACGGGAUCUAUUUUUACUCUCGUCUUUGUGAUUAGUAUGUCAUUUGGCAAUGCUCUUCGCGAGAAGAUAGGGCAUAGAUUGACUGUUAUCGUGGGUGGUGUCGUCGCUUCUAUUGGUUUGCUGACUAGCUCGUUCGCCACACAUCUACAUCAGCUGUAUUUUACCUAUGGGGUUUUAGUAGCUGUUGGUUGUGGAAUGGCAACAACUUGUGCACUUGACAUAAUCCCGAAAUAUUUCAAAAAACGAUAUCCACUCGCUAUGGGUUUGGCUCUUUCCGGUUCCGGUGUUGGCCAGGUAGUAUUUUCUCUCUCGUAUCAAGUGAUGAUUAACUUCUACGGGUGGAGAGGCAUGCUCCUGAUACUAUCGGCCUUCGUUCUGCAUAUAUGUGUGAGUGGUUGUCUGUUCCGUCCCUUAAAACCUGUAAGAGUAGAAGUACACCAAACCAAAGAUGAAGUAGCAUGUGUCACAAACGCAGACAACACGUAUAUGCAAGUUGCAGACACAGUCACUGAGGAAGAUAGUAGCCACAUAACUGAAAUGACAAGACAUCCUCGGAUAGUUCAGUGUAAUCAAAAGUGUUGUGUUUACGUGAAAUCAUUUCUAGCAUGCAUCGUCGAUGUGUCAUUGCUUAGAAAACCUGUUUUCCUCUUACACAUGCUAAUAUCUAUUUGCUAUGGCUGGAACUAUGGUACUGUGAGUCUACAUAUGUUGAAACACACCACGGAUAUUGGUAUUGACGCCAAUAUGGGCUCUUAUUUACUGGCGUUGAUGGGUGGGGUUCAGCUCUUGGUUCGUCCAAUUUCUGGUGCAAUCGGAAACCUACUUAAUAGCAGAAGUUAUAUCGCGUUUUCCAUGUCAAGCAUGUGUUGUGCUGUGGCAACAAUUGGGAUAAUAUAUCUUACGUCAUUUGCAGGGCAAAUAUUUUGUUACUGUAUGUAUGGAAUGGGAAUUGCGGGAUUCAUUACCCUGAAUUUGAUUGUAUUGAUACAAUUUAAUGGAAGAAAUCGUUUUGGGCACGCAGUGUCAAUGUUAUUUCAAGUGUCUGGAAUCACGACAUUGUUGGUGUCGCCAUUCGCGGGACGACUGCGUGAUAAAUAUGGUGUUUACACACAAGCAUUCUGGAUAGCGGCCGCAGUUUCUAUGCUUGGUAGUAUACUAUCUUUAUUACUACCAGUUGUGGACAAAUUGUGGAAUAAACGAAACGCGCGACAUAUCACAAGGACAUCAGCAGAGAAUGUAUAUUCAGAAUGACGUCAUCAUGUUCCCACGUGAUCUUAUAAGAUCAUGAAUUACCAUCAUUCAUAUUUGAAUAAACAAUUUAUAUUUGUCUUCCAAAUA